UAUUCAAGCCGAGCGGGAAUCACCAAGCGUCUGUGUAGUUGUUGCUGUGUGGAUUUUUCGAAUAAUUGCCCUUAAAUUGGGGGAAUGAGACCCCAACCAAGGUGGAGGAAGGACCCGCAUUAGUUUACGAUGCCGAAAAUUGCACCAUAACAAGAGCAGAAGAUGGAGGUAAUUUCGUUAAACAACCUGCUGCAGUACCAGAUCGCCACCAAGGCUGUAAACUCGUUGCUGUUCCCUGAUAAGGGUACCGACGAUGCCUUGGACCUGAGUUUCAAAGCUCCCUUUGCCAGAGCAGUGCCGGCAGAUAAUUCCACCCUCGAGUCCUCUCAGCUGGAGACGUCGUUCUCCAACGCUAAUUCGUUCCACAAAGACGAGGUGUCCAGCUCGAAUAGCGAGGACAGUUCUUCUGCCGAAGGAAAAUAUGAGGUGAAUAAUCAAUUCAAACUGCUUAUGCCGGAUCUGCACAAACACUUCGAACUGCACUGCAAAAUCGGCUCGGGCACAUUCGCCUCGGUGUACCUGGCUUCCCUGAGGACCGACCAUUCUCAACAAUUCGCCAUCAAACACCUAGUUCCAACGUGCCAUCCGAAAAGAGUAAAAAGAGAAGCACUGUACCUGAAAGGAAUUGGCGGCUAUGAUGGGACUGAGAAUGUAUGCGGAAUCAAGGCUUGCAUUCGGAAUAAAGGAAACGUUGCCUUCAUCCUGCCAUACCUGAAGCAUGUCAAGCUGCAGGAUAUCAUUUUCGACAUGGACUGUGAGGAGACAAAACUGUACAUGAAAAACCUGCUGAUUGCGUUGAAGAGGGUGCACCAGUUCAACGUUAUACACAGGGACGUCAAGCCAGGCAACUUCCUCUACGAUAGGGAGGCGAAAAAGUUUAUGUUGGUCGACUUUGGCUUGGCGCAGUAUAUGAUGCCACAAGCGGUGGAGCGCCAGAAAAACCUGGUCGAUGAACCUUCCAAGAAGAGGAAGGCUGAUGUUGAGAAUGCCCUUUCACCUAACAAGAAACUGUGCUCCCCGACGAAGAGAGCAGUGCUGCAGGCGCAGCUGGACACUUGCAAGAACAUCAUUUCUGGUCAGCCGGCCGCGCCGAAGGUGGCCAGCCCGCUGUUCCAGUCGCUGAUGCGUGCCAAGACAACGAAAUUCUCCAAGCAGUCCAUCGCCAGCAACUCGGACACCAGUUUCGUGCGCGUCAAGAACUCGCGCAUCAAGAUGAUGAGUGCUCCGCUGCUGCCUGGCUCGAGGCUUUCAACCACGAACGCGUUGCCACCUUUGAAGUGCCCGUGCCACAUGAAAACCCAGCUGUGCGAAGUGUGCCUGAACCGAAAGAAGCAGCUUCACGCACCCAGAGGAGGCACCCCCGGUUACAGACCGCCGGAGGUGCUGCUCAAGACCAUGCAGCAAACGACAGCUGUGGACAUUUGGGCUGCCGGCGUGUGCUUUUUGUCCAUCCUGAGUGGCUCCUAUCCCUUCUUCAGAUCUCCUGACGACAUGACAGCCCUGUCUGAGAUUGCCACUCUGUUUGGCACCAAGGCUAUCACUGACGUGGCUCUAAAACUAGAUCGGGUUUUUGUCUGUGACAAAGAGCGCCCACCAUUGGACCUGCAGAAGUUGUGCUGCACGCUGCGGAAAAACCGUGUUAACGGGAUUGACGUCAAAGACACCUCGCAACUUCCAAAGCGCAGCAAAACUCUGUGCGACAAGUGCUCGCCGUCCUUGGAGACGAGCUUGCGCGAGUUGCCUUGCCUUUGUCCAUAUUAUGGAGCAAAUCCCAAGGCCGACGCUUUCACCUCUGAAGCGUAUGAUCUCCUGAGAAAAAUGCUGGACCCCAAUCCGGCCACGAGAAUCACUGCCGAGGAAGCUCUGCAGCAUCCGUUCUUGGCCGAUGGUUGCACCAAUUGAUUCUGGUCCAGCAACUCCUAGAUUAGUUUGAUCGACUUUGAGGGGAAUGUUUUCGCACUUCGCACUCUUGUUGAAUUAACUGUUGCAAUUGUUAAAAACUGUUUACAGCUCAAGAGUCAAUGGUUUAGUUGCAAUAUUUUAGCUUGGAUGGGUGCGGUGUUUAUUUGAAGACGUAUUGACGAACGGAAAUCAGAUUCCUUUAAUUUUACAUUCAUAUAAGUAUAUCGAUAUAGGUUUUUUAUUUGAAAUAUUUUAUCAACGGAGCUAGAAAACAGAGAUGCAUGAAGUGUAAUUGCAUGCCUAGUUCACAUUUACUUCGUAAUCAAAUCCUGUAUGCAUACUUAUCCAAUAAAACAACUGAACGAAUAA